GUUGGGAGUUGAGAAAAGACCAUCACUGCGUUUUGUAUUCUGGAGCUGCAGAUUCAGGCUGCCAUUUGAAAUAUGUGUUCGCCUUAGUUACUCAUUUUGAGCCAGGAUGUAUUUUACGUUUCACCUCGUUAAGUAUUCCUCUGUGCUAUUGUCUUUAAACCGCUCGCAGGUCAAUGCUAAAGCGUUAGCUUUUUUUCAAUAGGAAUGAACCAGAAGCCGCUGCUAGCCUCCGCCGGCUAGCAGCGGGGACGCAGCGCGUCUCGGUGAUCGUUAACCAUCGUCUGGUCCGCGCGCACACCGCGGACAUUAUUCACGUCGCCCGUGAGAAACACGGUCACCUGCAGCAGGUCUCCUCUUUCUUUCUUUUUUAAUCAUUAGGAAUAAACUUCAGGUGUCUAGAUCUCCAGGAUGAACCCUCAGCAGCGGAUCGCCGCUCUCGGAACCGACAAGGAAUUAAGUGACCUGCUGGAUUUCAGUGCGAUGUUCUCUCCACCUGUGAGCGGAGCAAAAAACAGGCCCACCACACUGGGAAGCAGUCAGUUCACCGCAGCAGGUGCGGACGAGCGGACCAACCAAGCGUCUUGGGCCCCAGGUGGCGAGUGCAGUCCCUCCUAUGAGUCUUCCCGGGGUUUGACUGACAGCCCUCAUUACGCCAAUCAUUUGAGUGACAGUCGAUUACUGUCCCAUGAAGGAUUGUCUCCAACACCUUUCGUGAACUCAAACAUUAUGGGUAAAUCAGAGAGGGCUCCAUUUCCGGCCUACGGGAGGAACCCUGGAGCAUCUUGUGGACAGUCUUCUUCCGUUAAACCAGACAUGUCGUUGGCGAGUCCCAGUCCAGUGACUCCAAAGUCCGCAGCUCCUUUCUUUUCCUUCACCACAGCGAAUCCUAGAAGACGUCCCCUGCAAGAUCCUCCGCCCAUCGAUCCUCCACAAACCAAAAAGGUUCGCAAGGUCCCUCCUGGCCUCCCUUCAUCUGUUUACGCGCCAUCUCCAAACUCAGAAGACUUCAACAGAGAUUCACCUUCCUUCUCUUCUCCCAAACCCUCCAGCAGUAUGUUUGCAAGCACUUUCUGUGAUGGCACCCACGGCUCGUCUGACCCUUGGAACUCGUCCAAUGGGAUCAGUCAGCCCGGGUACGGGGGAAUGCUCGCCGGAUCGUCGCCUCAUAUGCCGCAGUCAGGAAACUACAGCAGCCUGCACUCACACGACCGUCUGAAUUACCCCACACACUCGGCCUCCCCGGACAUCAACGCCAGUCUUCCUCCCAUGUCCACCUUCCACCGAGGCAACACCAGCACUUCUCCAUUCCUCACCGAGGCGCACACCACCUCCGUCAACGCGGUCGACGGGGUCAUGGCUGCUGCAAAUCGGGGGAACGCCGCUGGAAGCUCACAGACUGGAGAUGCGUUGGGCAAGGCUUUAGCCUCGAUUUACUCUCCGGACCACACUAGCAGUAGUUUUCCAUCCAACCCCUCGACACCCAUGGGUUCUCCUUCACCUUUGACAGCCACAGCAGGUGCUGCGUCAGCGAGCUCUGUGGUGACUACGUCUGGAAGGCCAGGUACCAACCAGUGGCCCCGUGCCGGCGGACAAACCCCCCCCUCUCCAACCUACGAGAACUCUCUUCACUCACUGAAAAACAGAGUUCAUCAGCAGUUACAUGAGCAUCUCCAGGAUGCCAUGUCUUUCUUAAAGGAUGUCUGCGAGUCCCGAAUGGAGGAUCGUCUGGACAGACUGGAUGAUGCAAUCCUCGUUCUGAGGAACCAUGCAGUGGGCUCCACGACCUCUCUGCCCAGCGACUUACACAGUCUGCUGGGACAGGCACAAAGUGGGCCGAUCGCAGCCCCCGGGGCAAACUUCCCUGCCUCCGCGUUGGUUCCGAGUCGGACGGCAGCGAUGGGUGCCCACCCUGACGAGGCUGCUAGUCUCAACAACAGCCAUGGCGGUCUUCCCAGCGCCUGCUCCACAUCCAGCACAGAACUUCACCAACAAUUGGAAACCUUCAGAGGUCUCGCUUCAGCUCUGGCUGGUCAUUUGCCUGCUUCACUGGAGCUGAAGGUGGAGAAACAGGACAAGGAUGACAUGAACGACAGCCUCUCUAUAAAUGAAAAAUCAGAUGACGAGAGCGACAGGAGAGAUGUGAGGACACCCAGAGCAGGAACACGUACCAGUUCUUUCUCCCAAAGCAUCACUGAGGACGAGGACCUUAAUCCGGAGCAGAAGGCCGAACGUGAGCGAGAGAGGAGGAUGUCGAACAACGCCCGCGAGCGCCUAAGGGUGCGAGACAUCAACGAAGCCUUCAAGGAGCUGGGUCGCAUGUGCCAGCUGCACCUGAAAAGCGAGAAGCCCCAAACUAAGCUGCUCAUCCUCCAUCAAGCCGUGGCUGUCAUACUUAACCUGGAGCAUCAAGUCAGAGAGCGCAAUUUGAACCCCAAAGCAGCCUGCCUUAAGAGAAGGGAGCAGGAAAAAGUCACCGAGGGCUGCGGGGACCCCCAACAAGCCAACACAGGGGGGCAUCCAGGCCUGACGGACGCAUCUAACCCCAUGGGUCACCUCUGAGCAGCAGACAGAUCAAAGUGACUCACAUCGUUUCCGUCCCGUCGAGUCGGUGACCUUGCUUUCCAGUGACAGACAGGACUCACAGUUUGUGACACCAAUCGAAGGAGAACGACUACUCGAAGCAAAUCUACGAGUCUGACACAAUCGAUUCCAAAAAGAUUGAAGAAGAGCCGGGCGCCCGGCUCCCUCCGACCACUUUCCAUCUGCAAAUUUCUCCCCACCUCAAAGAAAAAGAUCCUCAGCACAUAUCAAUGUCUGCAAGAAGUGUUGCUUCUGAACAAUCAGAGACUUUGCAAUCUCCUCCAAACAUUAGAGGAAAUUGCCAUGUGCCUAAACCGAAUUGACUAAUGCAUUGUAACAGCAACCGUUUUGUUUGUCUGUUUCUUUUUCUUCUAUUUAUUAUGUUAUUGAGCUAUAAAGUCUACGUCUAAAGGGAAAGUUGAGCAAAGAGAAGUACGGUGCUUUUCAGUUGAUCUAUAGUUUGCCAGGAUCACCAUUAAUACUGAGCACUACACCCUGGCAAAUAUUUGGCAAGUCCCAGAUGAAGGGAAAACAUUUGGCCACGGAGAAGAUUAAUUUAUUGGACAGAGGGAGAUUUAUACCCAAGUGAAAAUGAUCAUUAGCUGUUAGAAAUACAGCCCCCAUUAAAAAAAAAUGCAUAAUAUUUAUAUAAUCGUAUUAAUCCUGCCACUGGCCACAUGUGUUACUAAAACUACCGUUGGUUGUGUAGUUCGGUUCGGUUCCUGUGCUGCUAACCAGCAGAAUGAUUGUCCAAACUCCGUGAGCACAAACAACAUGCAGGAGACGGGCGGAUGGUAAACUCAAGUUUCACUGAGAGCUCGGAUGUUGUCGUGUUCCUUUUUCCUUGGUAGUGAACAGUGAAAAUAAAGUAACCUAUUUACAAACCUUAGCAUUCCCGGCAUAUUGUUAGUGUCUUACUUAAAAAUAAAUGGGACUUUUUUGCCUGUCCCUUUGCCAUGUAUUGUUAAAUGUAAGCAGUGACAUCUCUCGUUUAGAUGCUCCUGACAUCGGCACAGAAUUGGCUUGUUUUUUCAUUGUUCCACUACUUUAAAAAAUGACUAUGAUUACACUUUCUCCUGCCUGAUGAACACCUCAAUUAUUUUUCUGUUAGUAUUUCAAGACCGUACAAUUUUAAAGCAGUUAUUCUUGAUGAAGUUUUUGUUAUACAUAUUUGUCUUGUAACAAGUUAUGUCUUACGGCUUCCAACUAUACUGUUCAGUUUUGAUUAUGUUUCAUCCAACAUACAUUAAGCCAGACGAGAUAGUUUAUGUGCAUUUUGUUAAAUAUCAUAGAACCGUAGCACAAUAAUGAACAGAAACACUUAAUAGGAUUGUCUUUUAUGCUUAAAGACAUAAAUCAUAUCUUGAAUUUUUUUAUUUCAUUCUAUAUGUUUUUCUUUGGUCUUAAGACUUGCUUUAUAUUCCAUUUAUUUCUUUGAAUAUUUUCUUUCAUCUUUUAUCUACACCUUAAACAAGGCUGCCACAUUCAGAAUUUAUAUUCUCUCGAAAAGGGGACUGAAUUUGAAUAAAAGACGCCACAUCAAGAGUUUACAUUAAAGUUUAUGAUUUCAAAAUGUUUUGCAGAAAAAAACAAAAAGCAUUUUCAUGUAUUUUCUGACUCAAUGUGGCUCAGUUCUUUGUUUCAGUAAUUACAAGCUUGUGUUCAUGCUGGCGAACUUUGAAGGAAUAGUAUGUCACUUCCUGCUUCAGUUUUAAUUUACGGUUCUCGCAAUAUUUCUUUGGUCCUCUUUUUGCCAAGUUAGACUUUGCUCUUUUACAAGUUGCUUUCUCUUGUAUAAUAUAUGAGAAAAAAAGAAAACUGAAAGAAAAAAAAACAUUUGGCUUAUUUUUCACUGUAGUUAGUCUUUUAUACAAUAAUACUGUAAGAAUAUUUCUUAAAUUCUAAAUAUUACUCUUUCUAGAUUUUUGAAAGCAAAAGUUUUGAGUAAAACGUUUCUUACUUUAUUUUACUAUAUUAGAUAGUAAAACGUAGGGUUAUUUUCAAUAGCCUGUCCAUUAUUACAUUAUUACAAAUACACAAAUGGCAUCUCAAGAACAAUCUAAAUCGUUGCUCGUAGUCGAGUCCUUCAAAAGGCUUCGUACGAGCUCCACUUUCUGUAACUGACGACCGUCAUCUUAUUUUUCAGUAUCUCGCUGUUGAUUGAUUAAAGAUUUGUUCUUGUGUCAGAUGAAAAGGUAUUGUCCAUGCACAUCAAAAAAAACUGCAACAAGAAUUUGAAUUUUCUGUUUUUUUCAACAGAAAAACAAUGUAAAUAACAUUUAUGUUGCAAUAAAAAUGCCACUUUUUUUAA